GGAAGUGAAUGGAGCAGAGCGGCUUCCUGUUGUUUCACUGGUUGUUUUGUGGACAUUAGGAGAUAAUAGUGGACAUUAGAGGACGGUAGUGGACAUUAGAGGACGGUAGUGGACAUUAGUGGGUGUCUUCCUGCAGCAGGUUGGACUGUGUCUCAUCUGAACAUAAACCGGGAAAAGAGUCCGUUUAUCAUCGGGACGAAGAACCGGAGUUCAGCCACAGUUCAGCGGAUCCAGCCCGAACACAGGUCACAGGUCAGAGGUCACCAUGGGGUCAGCGGUGGAGCGCACAGAUGAGCAUGUGCGGGAGUAUCUGAUCUACAGAGGCUUCACGUCCACGCUCAAACACCUGGACAACGACAUCAAAGUCGACAAGGAGAAGGGCUUCAGGGUGGAUAAGAUCAUCGAUCAGCUGCAGCAGCUGGUGCAGAACUUCGACCUGCUGGGUCUGAAGGAGUACUGGCUGUACCUGGACCGACGGCUCUUCUGUCGUCUGGAGGACGUCUACCGCACCACCGUCAACAAACUGAGGACCAGCCUGUACCGCUACUACGUCAUCAACGCCGUCCAGAAGGGGAACGUGGAGAAGACCCAGGAGUUCUUCCAGAAACAGGCGUCGGAGCUGCAGGGUCAGGCCGAGUGGCGUGAUUGGUUCAUCCUGCCCUUUGUCCCCGCCCCUGAGCUGAACCCCGCCUUCUCGCCGUACUUCUCCAGACAGUGGGCGGAUACCUUCCUGGUGUCCCUGCACAACUUCCUGUCCGUCCUGUUCCAGUGUAUGCCUCAGCCUGUUCUGCUCAGUUUUGACGCUGAAGUUCAGAAGAUGACGAGUGUGAUGGAAGAGAACGAACAACUGAGACAACUGCUGUUCGCGUUGCAGACGGACCAGAGGGACCAGAGGGACGGAGACCAGGUGGUCCACCACAAACUGCCGGCCUACGUCCAGAACAUGGACCGACUGGGGGACACUGAGCUGGACUUGGUGUCCAGUCAGAGAGUCAUCAGCGCUGCCACUCCUCCUUCCAGAAACUUCUUCUCUACAUUCCUUCCACAGGGACGACGCACUCCGGCCAAGUCACCACAGGUCACCACCGCCACCGGGUCUUCACCGAGUCAGGGCGCAGUAGGACGCAAGGAGCCACCGACCAAUCAGACGACCAAGGCAAAGGAAACGGUCCAAGGAAAGGAGGUGAAGCAGCUGUCCAACCAGACGCUGACCAGCGAGUCCACCAUCAACCAGUCCUCCAACCAGUCCACCAACCAGUCCACCACCAACCAGUCCUCACAUUCGAGACACAAGAGGAUCCAGGACCAUGAGAAGGAGAGGAAGGAGCUGUUCUCCAAACCGGCGUCCCAGGCGGAGAAGAAGGCGGAGCCGGUGGAGGCGGAGCCUGAACCUGCAGACUUCUCCAAUAGCAGAGCGGUGGCAGAGGGAGGGGGAGGUCUUUCGGCGGAGCAACCCUUCAUCAAACUGAGUCAGGAGGAGUACGGGGAACACCACUCCUCCAUCAUGCACUGCAGAGUCGACUGUUCCGGUCGCAGAGUUGCCAGUUUGGACGUCGACGGAGUCAUUAAGGUCUGGUCCUUCAACCCCAUCAUGCAGACCAAGGCCACCAUCAUGUCCAAGUCUCCUCUGCUAUCUCUGGAAUGGGCCACCAAACCGGACCGCCUGUUGUUGCUAGGCAGCGGCGUCGGCACGGUGCGACUCUACGAUACAGACGCCAAGAAGAAUCUGUAUGAGAUGAACAUCGACGACACUCAUCCACGGAUCCUGUCUCUGGCCUGCAGUCCCAGCGGAUCGUCCUUCGUCUGUUCGGCGGCGGCGCCCAGUCGGACCGGAAGCGUGGAGUCGGUCCCUCGUCUUCCCAUCCCGGUGUCCGGUCAACUGCUGCUGUGGGACACCAAGACGGUCAAACAGCAGCUUCAGUUCUCUUUGGAACCGGAGCCGGUGGCCAUUAACUGCACAGCCUUCAACCAUAACGGGAACCUGCUGGUGACAGGAGCUGCCGACGGAGUCAUCCGACUGUUCGAUAUGCAGCGGUACGACAGCGCCAUGAGCUGGAGAGCACACGACGGAGAAGUUUACAGCGUGGAGUUCAGCUACGACGAGAACACGGUGUUCAGCAUCGGAGAAGACGGAAAGUUCGUCCAGUGGAACAUCCAUCGCUGUGGGGUCAAACAGUCGGAGCAGGUUCUUCCUCAGGAUGCCACCGGACCCUUCGUCCUAUCAGGAUACAGCGGAUACAAACAGGUGCAGGUUCCUCGAGGUCGACUGUUGGCAUUUGAUUCAGAAGGACAACAUGUUCUGACCUGUUCUGGUUCAGGAGGACUGAUCUACAGGCUGACCAAUGGGGAGCCGGCGGCUCUGGAGAGCGUGCUGUCGCUGGGCGGACACAAAGCUCCGGUGGUGACGGUGGAUUGGUGUUCGGCGGUGGACUGCGGCACCUGUCUGACCGCCUCCAUGGACGGGAAGAUCAAACUGAGCACGCUCCUGGCACAGAAGUCCUGACUGAGAACCUGAUGGAGGACUGAGGGGUCAGAGGUCAGCAGAGGGUGGUGAUCAGCUGAUGUUAGGUCCCAUUAAAGUCCCAUUAAAACCACUGCAGUG